AAUUUCAAAAUAUUUUUAAAAUUUUUGGAAGGAAUGAAGAAGACAUGUAGCUAAGCAACACAAUUUUAUUUAUUCCAGAACAUUCGCUUUUGGUAAUUGAUUUGAAGUAAGAAUUUGUCGCAAGAUGAGUAACGAAAAUCGACCACAAGUUUCUGAUAUUCCAACUGAAGUUUCUGAUAGUCCAGCAGCAGAGAUUUGUGAGAAUAUAACUGAAGCCUCUGAUAUGCCAACAGUGGUGCGUGAUAAUAUAGCAGAAGCCUCUGAUAGUCCCAAAGAAUUUUCUGAUAGUUCACCAGCAGCAGUUUGUGAUAAUAUAACCGACGCUUCUGAUAUGCCAACAGUGGUGAGUGAUAAUUUAGCAGAAGCUUCUAAUAUGCCACCAGUGGUGCCUGAUAAUAUGGUUGGUGCUUCUGAUAUUCCUAAAGAAGUUUCUGAUAUUCCAAAAGAAGCUUCUGAUAUCCCCAAAGAAGCUUCGGAAAGUUCAACAGCAGCUGUUAGUGAUAAGGAAACAGAAGCUAUUGACAUGUCAGUAGUGGUUCGUGAUAAUAUAGUAGAAGUUUGUGACAAUUUGCAGUCAAAAGAUUUGCGCAGCAGAAAGUUUGCGCUAAUAACGAUUGACUUUGUUGUCGAAAAAAGUAAACUCUCUGAAGAAUUGUUGGUAACAUUUUUUGAUGGAGUCUAUUUGCAUUUGCUGCAAUGCUACAGUGAUCGCUAUGAAUUCAUGCGCGAAGGCGGCAUAAAAGGUGUAACCAAAUUUGUGCUGCGGAUGCCGCCAAAUGAUUUCCAUUUGGUGAACAUUUUGACAAUAAUCGAGGAACGCAUGGGGCAACAGGAGACUUUGGAAAAGAGCGAAGAGAUACGUUUGGAAUUGAUAAAACAAUUACAUGAAAUUCUAGGAUACUUCAUAAAAAAUGGAAAGGUGCUUUCACUGCAGGCAUCCUAUGACAAAAUAGUUUGUGUAUUAAAGAAAGCUGUGCGUGAUGAUUAUCAUGUGGUGAAGCGUGAAGCUUUCAAUUGCAUUGUUACUGUGUCACAAAAGGUGGAUACGUACACGUUUCAAGCGCACGUAGAGCCUUUGGCUAAAGCAAUAUAUCCCGCUUUGAAUCACAAACAUGCUGAAGUGCGUCGAAAUGCUGUCAAAGCUUUGGCACAACUUGCUUUGCAUAUCAAUCCAAAAGAAGAGGCAUUAUCGCAGCUCAUAAUGGAAGUGUCACCAUUGCUAAUGGAUUCGAUGCCACUGGUACGUCGCGAGGUUGGAGAAAUGGGUGUACUGAUGUUGCUAGAGUUGCGGGAUCGCUAUUCAUAUUUUGAACGCAUUUUGCCGCUUGUGUUGUCGUGCUUGGCGGAUACUACACCUGAAGUAGUGAACUACAUACAGCCUUUGUGGGUUAAGUGUGGCAGACAGUAUUUUGAUGAAAAUGAAGCGGAAUUGCAGAAGCAGGAAAUUGCAGAUUUGCCGGUUGUAAAUUAUCCAAUUAAUGUUCAGCGACCAACGAUUGGUUGCCGUGCGCUUGUGCAACGUACGUUGCGCGUACUUAUGCUUAUCACACGCGAGUCCACAGAUUGGAAGGAUAACGUUCGUAUGCAUUCACUGAAAUUACUCUAUCAAUACGUAUUGCAUGCAGAAGCCGCUAUGACAGCUAAAUUUUUUGAGAUCUUCCCGGAAAUAUCACGUGCCUGUCGAGAUGAAGAAGUGGAGGUGAAUAAAGAAGCCUAUAAGGUUGCUGAUAUUAUGGGACGUUUGUUCUCCUACGCUGAUUGGUGUGAACAUGGUUUCGAUGGACUGGCUAAAAACGCUCGGGAGGGGUAUUUGAAAUCUUUCUAUUAUAUGUUUAAGGUGUCGUGUGGAGUUAAAGAGGAGGAUUUACUACGAGUUUCAAGAAUUUUGAUUGAACCGGAGUUUUCACAAUGCUUAAAGAUCUAUUUUCAAGACUACGUCAUAAAGUUGGUUCAGGUUAUUUUAAAAAAAUGUAAUAUAAAUACCAUGGACCCAACUGAUAAUACAAUAGAUAUAUCAAACGAUAAUUUAACCUUAAGCGUUGAUAUAGCUGAUGAGUUUUUAAAAAAUGUCUACAUCACUACAAUGAAAGUGAUGGCCUUGUCGUAUGAAUCUGAACAUAGUAUAGCGCGUGAUAUAAAGAUUAGAGGUUACUCAAUAUUACAACAGCUGGCAGAGAAACGUGGCACCACUAUUGAUGGUUUACAUGAAGAGCUAUUCACUAGUGCCUUAGCUUAUGUGGUCGAUUUGGAUGCACCAAUUGAUGAACGCAGUGAACCGUUGCUGUUGUUUUAUGGUUUAAUCGCUAUUGGCAAUUUCCAUCAUACGUACAUGGAACAGUUGAAGUCGAAAAUACUAUUAGUUUGGAAGCAUUAUAAGAAUAUGGCUAAGAUCAAAGUGUUUAGCGCUAUAUCUAUAGCAAUGUUGAAGUGGGAAAACACAGUAACUACAGCGCUUAGUGUUGAGAAGAGUGCAGAAAUAUUGAAAGAUUUCGUAGAUAUCAUUGUGGUACCACAUUUACUUUGGCGUGCUGGUGCACAUGCAGAGGCUAUGCGUACCUUUGCCACUGCCACAAUAUGCACGAUUUCUCAAGGUGCUCCGGCGGAGGCUAAAAUUAUACUACCAAAAUAUAUUGGCUACAUGAGUAAUCUAUUGGAGGACAACUCAACUGCUACACGCCAUAAUGCUAUCAAAUGUUUGUUCAAUUUUGGUGAGAUACCUGUCGAGGAUUUACGUUUAGCUGCUUAUGCUACACUGCAAAGAUUAGAUGAUCCAUCUGCUGAUAUACGUGUACUGGCUAUCCAUGCUAUUCCACACUUAAAGCCAAAAUUCGAAAAGGCAAAAGGAGAGGAGGGAGAAUAUGAGCAUACCAUUUGGGAGACGUUCAUAGAAAGAGCAGUUAAUAUGUUCCUUCUACAUUACGAAGGACCGGAAAAGCGUGUACAAGCAGCUAUAAAAAUUGCUUUGAUUGAACUCUCCAAAACAUAUCCCAAAAUAUGUCAAAAUUGUUACAAAAAGACAAUAUCAAUGACUUCCGUUGACUCAGAGCUUGCUAAGUUGGGAAAUGAGCUAUCGAUUAAUACAUAGACUGUUUAAUAUAAUUUCUUUAUAAAUUUAAAUUAAGCUUAUUUAUUUAAUGAAACAAA